AUGGCAAAAGUCGUACGUCGGCGACCACUUCGCAGAGACGUGCAAAGCAACAAGGUGUUUGCUGCAGCAAAGGGCCUGAUUAAGAAGUGUAUGAGCCCCAAGAAUCCGCAUAAACACUGCCAAUAUUCUCGAGAUACUGUGCUUCCACUGCGAGUCCUCGACGUUGGCGAACCUGAAGAUCCACGUUCAACGGUCAAAGCAAAGGUCAACGAGAUUCCACAGCGAGUUCUCGACGUUGACAAACCCGAAGAUCCACAUUCAACGGUCAAAGCAAAGGUCAACGAGAUUCCACCGCUGACUUUCGACGUUGACUACCCCGGAGAUCCACGUUCAAUGGUCAGAUUAAAGGUCAACGAGACGGAUACCCAUGCUCCAUACCUCGCCUUAAGCUAUUGCUGGGGGAAGCAGCCUACAUUUGUACGCAAAAAACCGCUUCAGCUGCGGAAGAACAAUAUCAAGAGCCUGAAGGGAGGCAUCAAGCUACACGAUCUUCAGAAGUCUAUACAGGAUGCCAUCUUCGCCACUCGCAAACUUGGCUAUCGAUAUCUUUGGGUUGAUGCGCUCUGUAUCAUACAGAACUGUAAGAUUGACAAAGAAAGGGAAAUCGGGCGCAUGGCUUCCAUCUACAAGAAUGCCUCCAUAACCAUCGCGGCAGCUACUUCGUCAAACGCGGAGCAUGGGUUUCUUUCCAAGAAGCUACGGCCUUACUGUCCGCAACACGAAGUCCACGUUCGUAUGGCUGAAAAUACGACUGGCACAGUAUAUCUUUCCACAGAGCCAUACGAGCCCGAUCAUCCCCUUGACAAGAGAGGUUGGACGUUGCAAGAGUUCAUGCUGUCGUCGAGGAUGUUGAUAUUCUCCGAUUACGAGCUUCUAUGGCAAUGCAAGGAGAUUGACCUUUGCAGCGUUUCGGCGAAAGGUCUCGAGUAUCUACAGCCUCUGGAAACGCUGCCAUGGACAGUCUUUGAUGAUGACGCAGAGCCAUACUACGGAAAUCUCGACUCAGACAAAGUGUAUCUAUGGAAGACCAUCGUUCAACAGUACACCAAUCGUCAGCUCUCUUACACUGGCGAUAAGCUCAACGCGAUUAUGGGAAUAACCUCCGAGCUGGAAGCACUAUGGCGUGACACCAACAUCUAUGGGCUCUGGAAGAAGUGGUUCAUUGAGCUUUUAGCUUGGUAUAAGCCAGAGAUGGAAAGAGAAGAACGACGACACUUAGAUAGGGCUCCCAGCUGGUCAUGGGCUUCUCUAGACGGCGUGAUUCUCUAUGAAGGGUCACUUUCAACCGAAGAUGCGAGACUGAAGUCUUUGACUGUUCAGGCUGCAGAAUUGUCAUGUCGCAUCCUUAGAGAAAGCGAUGUAACAGAUGAGAAAGCUCGCACGAUAGCGGAGCGGCCCGACCUUCUUGACCCAGUCGCUGAACUUCAACAAAAUAGGCUCAAACAUGGAAAAUCGGAAUAUCUGUUGCUGGGAACGGUGAAGUCCAAUAAGGAGACUGAAGAAGGGGUAGGCCUACUUGUGAUAGAUACUGGCAGAGGAGUUCACCAAAGGCUUGGUUUCGUCAAAUUCCACGAUAUGACAAUAUGGGAAGGCGUACAGCGAAGGGGCGUAAUUUUGGACUCAAGAGUUGACAAGAAGAAGGAAGACAAGGAGGGCAAGAAGAAGGAAGACAAGGAGGGCAAGAAGAGGGAAAAGAACAAGACUUGGUAG